AUGGCGGCGGAGAACAAAACAUAUCGAAUAGGAGGACUAGCCAUUACAGGGACUGAGGCGUUUCUCGAGUCCUUCGAGCCGACGUUCAGCGCCUACCUGAACCAGACCGUUGGCGAAGUAUACCCAGGUGUGGGCUUCAUUGCCGUCCCUCUGGCCUUCGACGACGUUUGGGAUGCCGUCUCGUCUGCGAGCGUCGACUUCUUGUUUCUAAACCCCGGAUCUGCAAGCUGCAUGGAAAGCGAGUUUGGGGUCAGUGCCAUCCUCUCGCUGAGAAACUUUCGCCAAGGGAACGAGCUGAACUUGUUUGGAGGGGUGGUCAUCACGGCUGCAAACCGAAGCGAUAUCACAGAAGUCGCGCACUUGCAGGACAAAGUUGUCGAGGGCGUGUCGGUGUCAGGUUUGGGGGCGUUUCAGCUCCAGUGGGGGCUGCUCCAAGAUCAGGGGUUUAACCUCAUGGCGGACACUGAGGAGGUUCGAUUUGCGUACAACCAAAAAAAGAUUGUCUACGACGUCAUCAACGAAAACGUGGAUGUCGGUUUCGUUCGAACCGACAUGGUCGAGCGCAUGGACGCUGCAGAUUUGGUGCCAGAAUGGCCUUUACAGGCGUUAUCCCACGUCCCGUCGGACCUUGCCAAGGAAGUGGUGGGUGCCCUUCUGCUGAUCAACGAGACCCACGAGGCAGCCGUGUCCGGCGGGUACUCCACGUGGGAUGUGCCUCUCUCUUACGCCGACCUCAGACGUUAG